AAUGUUUGACUGCAUGUUUGCCUCUUCUCUGAGUUUUGGGUCUACGGAUCGAACUGAAGAGAGAACACAUGAGAAGCCGUCAUAAGCAGGAGCCUGAGACACAGAGAGGCAUCCAGGACAUCAGCCUCCACCCGCACACUGUCACCACCCACCGUAGCCCUUCUUCCGCAAGAUGCUUGCAGCCAGCACGAGGACCAGGCAGCUGAAUGUCACCUGUGACAACUCUGUAGACGGGGAGGUCUUCCUCCAUUACUCCCUCAUCCCAUCAAUCAUCAUCAUUUUGAUCUUGUCUUUCCUACAAAGACGAGAGCAUCGAAGACAAAGGGAUAAUACCUCUUACCUCCUGGGGGACCAUUUUGGAAUUAUCAUGCCUCUGGACUUUGUGGGGACUUUCAGUAACCGGUGGUCCUAUGGAGUUGCCUUUGGGGCCACAGCCAAUAAGGUCAUGUUCUUGUUCUCAGAAGGCUACCAGCCCCUGAAGGUUCCGCAGUGGGCCCAAGCCUUUGUGCUUUUCAUUGGAGGCAUGGAAGUCGGCCUGUCCUACUUCCCCUUCUUUGCCUGCCUGUCCUCAGAGUUCCGGCUGGUCAGCUCCAUCCUGGGUUUUGGCUACUCCCUGGCUUGGUUUGUGAUUACAGUUCUUCAGAUCUCACAGUGCCCCCAUGGGCAGUUUCUGGGGAGGUUCGAGACCCUCAUUUUCUACUGGCCCUCACUGUUGUGCCUGGGUUUCCUGCUGGGUCGUUUCCUGUACAUGUUUUUUAAGGCUCUGCCAAUCCACUUGGGCCUGGAGCCGCAGGCAGAAGAAAAGCCAGAAAAGUCGGUGCUAGAGGUUCACCAGGCAGAACACGUGAAGCUGCUCUUGAGCAAGCCCCGCCCACAAGAAAGAGAGAAGUCUUGGUUUCAAACCAGAGUGUAUGAGUGGGACCCUUGCUUCCAGUUCCCCAGCAGGAUGAUCGGGACCUCUGUACUGGCAUUCAUCUGUCUGUACCUUUUCAUCGUCAUUGAGUUCUGUGUGUUUCUGCAUGUGAGAGACAAGCUGGAUGUGUUUGAAGACAAGCUGCAGAGCUACCUCAUCCACAUGAAUGAGACGGGGCCCUUGACCCCAGUCAUCCUACAGGUGAAGGAACUGAUCAGCGUCACUAAAGGAGCCUGGGUGGUGACCAUUGUUCCUGCCUCCCUCACGUGUGUCAGCUAUCUCUUCCACAUUUUGGUCUGCUACAGAAAGCACAUGAAGAGGCUGUGGGCUGGAGACAAACAGUUCCUCCCCCAGAAGUUCCGCAGUCCCUCCUCAGAGGCGAGCGUGGUGGCCAUUGCAAGGUACUCUGGCUGGCAAAUAGCCUACAUCCUUUGGGGCUACCUCAUCGUCCAUGUGGUACAGAGCCUCUGUGGCGUGAUGCUCAUGCAUGGCCUGGUGCUGCCCAUCGUCCACCACCAAGGCCUGGAGAUGCUGCAAGGGCUGGGCCUUGGGGUCCUCACCCUAUCCAUUGUCGUGGGCCUCAUGGUCCUGCAGGUGUGGAUUGCUGGCAGAGUCUUCCUUCAGCCCAAGCUGGGCACAGCUGACAAGCAGAAGCCCCUGGCUCUCAACAACAGGAAAGCAUUCCACAACUUCAACUACUUCCUGUUUUUCUACAACGUGCUGCUGGGGCUGGGUGCCUGCCUCUCCAGGCUGCUCAUCAGCUGCCUCCUGGGCACGUGGCUGAUUGCGCGCAUCGACAGAAGCAUCAUGCAGAGCGGCUAUGAGGGUGCAGACAUGGGCUUCUGUGCAUGGGUUGGUAUGCUCUUUGUGGACCAUUAUCACACCAACCCUGUGCUGGUCAGCUUUUGCCACAUUCUGAUCACAAGUCACAGGGAUCGGAAGCUGCAGAAGACGGUGAAGUACUGGUGCCUGAACCAAUCGGCAGGUCCCCGAUUCUCAGCCAGGGCCAGAACGAAGUGGUUUCUGCUGCAGACAUUGAUCAACAAUCCGAAACUCAUUAUGCUUAGAAAAUCAAAGUCAGGUCAUGGUUCCCAAGAGUUCAUGCAGAUUCUACUGACCUGCUCAGAGUGCUGAUGGGACCACCAACUUCUGCUCCAAAGCCAGGCCAUCUGCUCUCAAGAGAGGUUCAGUUUAACCAGCAGCCACUCCCUACAAUGGGACAGGAUGACACAGGCACUGUUCAUGCACAUGAUAGACAGCCCUGGCCACUUUUGGGACGACUAUCUAGACUGAGGCUUUAAAGCCAGGACUGUCUCAAUCCCUUGACAAAAAAGAAAAACAAUAUAAAAAGCAAUGCCCGUGGAACAAAUUUUGCCCCUCAGUGACCUCUACUAUUUGUGGGAAGGCAGCCAUGGGGGUCACCUAUUAAGAAGCAUGAGAUAGGGGCUGGAUAGAGGGGAUGGCUCGGGGGGGUUAAGUGCAUUCUCUUGCACUUGUAGAGGACUCACACUCGUUUUCCAGCCGCCAUAUUGGGCAGCUCACACACGUGUCUGCAACUCCAGCUGCAAGGGAUCUGACCCUCUUCUGGCCUCUUCAGGCACCUGUACAAAUGUGCCAGACACAUAUACACACAAGUAAAACUAAUAAUAAACAUGAAUCUUUAAGACAAA